AUGUCGGAAGUGCUCAGUGAGAAGAUGGGAGCGUACGGCUCGGAGGGAGACGAAGGGGAGCACCUCGCCUUCACCUGUCGACUCCAGGACACAAACAACUUCUUUAGCGGCUCGCAGAACGGCAAGAGACCGCCGAAACUCGGACAAAUAGGACGAAGCAAAAGAGUCAUUGAGGAUGAUGCGGAUGCAGACGGGGCGCUGGACAAGCCAACAGAGAAAUCGGCUGCAGGGGAGUAG